AUGUAUGGGGAUGGUUCAAAGUGGCGGGGGGGGUGGAGGCGCCCCCCUUUUGCAUGGGAAGAGGAAAAGUUGGUUGAGUUGGCUAAUAGGUUGGCCUCGGUAGUUUUGACAGUGGCUCACCUAGAUGAAUGGCGUUGGUUAGCCGAAAGGUCAGGGAAAUAUUCGGUGGCAUCUGCUUAUAAGAUUUUAGCAAAGUCAAACCUUGUUCAAGUAGACACUUUUUAUGAUACGAUUUGGGCCAAAGGUAUCCCUCCUAAGGUUCAAGUUUUAGUGUGGCAGUUGGAAGCAGACAGGUUACCUACCCGGGAUAACCUCCUUUUGAGAGGGGUUACUCUAGAAGGACAAAAUGGUUGUGUUUUUUGCGAAGAAGGCUUGGAGUCCAGCAAGCAUUUGUUCCUCUUGUGUCCAAAGGCUUAUGCUGUUUUGGUCAGAUUAUACGCUUGGUGGGGAGUGUCAGGGGUGCUUAUCAACGAACUUAGGAGUUUUUGUCAUCAAUAUAUGGGAUUGGUGAGUGGCAGUAAGGGUAUUAAGCGAGUUUGGUCCUUUGUUUGGUUUGCAGGUAUAUGA